AUGGAGGAGGAAAACAGGCUGCUUAGACAGGAGAUCGCCGAGCUCACGGCGCGGCUCGAGCUGCAACAAUCCAAGAUUGAAUUGCAUCCAAUCGUCGAUUAUCCAGCUCGAACGGUGCGCCACACUCAAACGACCAAGUUGAAGAAGCAGCAGAGGAAGAAGGAACAGCACCUGCAGAAGAUGCAUGCUUCGGCGAGGGAGUUCUGCAAGAUGGCCUACUUCCUCUUCAGCAAGCUGCACGACAAGGCCCUGUAUGGGCCGGCCUCGUCAUCGGGCCUCUUCUCUCCCUCUUCCGCCUCUCCAUCAAUGCGAAGAGCCAUCAGGGAGCUGUCCCUGUCCGGCCCAGAAGUCGUCAACGUUCGCGGGCGAAUCACCAUCGGGUCCCCUGCCACCACCUCUUCGCUCACCAUCCGGCUUUUGCGAGCACCCGACGUCGUCGCUCAGCUGGCCAAGGACAUCCCAAAGGCCAGCAGGGACUCGGUGUUGUGCUCCCUGUCCUUUGUGAUCAAAGAGGGCGUCGAUGAUUUCGAGGUGGGCGAGCUGUCCGGUUGCCUGCGCGACAUCCUGACGACGGCGGGGAAGAGCCUGCAGUGCACGCACAAAGUGAAGCUGGGCAAGGGCGCCAACGGGGAGCGGUUAUUUGUCAUCGUGUUCGGGUUCGAGCACCCGACCGCGCAGAAGGAGCUCCAGACCCUGCUCUCUUCUUUUGAGGUGAAGAUCGAAGGCGAAGGGCUCAAGCACUACGCCAGCGAUAAGGGACCCUUCCUUCGAUCAAUGAUCAACGGGCACACUGUGGAGCUCUCGUUGGCCUUUCGCAAGUCCCUGCUGAAGAUAUUCAAGGACCCCACCAGCGCGUUCGGGCAGCUGGGCGAACAGUUCAGCUGGCUACUGCCCUGGGUGUCGCUCCUGCGCCACAGCGAAGCCGACAUCCGAAUCGAGGAUCUUCUGCAGGCACCCCCCCCCUCCCCUCUUUCCCUCCCCCAGCACAGCUUCUGCUGCUCGUCGCCCACAGCUUGCGCUGAUGUGAUGGGCCAUGGUCAGUCGGUGGAAGGUCACAAGGCCAACAAAGCGCGAAGGUCCAUCCCGGCCAUCGUCCGUGACGUGAUCGCCCAACCUGAUGUCCAGCCGGUGAUCAAGUCGCUCUACUCGAGCGGCAUGUCGCUCUUGGUCGCCCCCUAUGCACUGCAGCUCCACUACAAGCACAGCUCUGAUCAGAUCCUGCAGGUGGAGGCCAAGAACCUGGUGUUGGCCGAGCUGCUUCCCGGGGCUGAGGAGAUCAAACGCGGACCAAUGAGCUGCGCUCUGCUGUCGGUCGACCGCCAGCAGCUGCCGCCGUUCAUCCACGCAGGCCUGCGCACGACCUAUGAGAGUCUCGACCGCAGCCGAGACGGCGCAGAGACUACGACCCCCGGAAAGGAGGCCAAGUACCGGGUCUUCAAGUACCACGGGCAGGUCGGUGAUCGCAUAUUCAGGUUCGGCUCGUUUGCUCCGUCGGCGUUCGCGCAGCUCUUGGCCAAGCACGGCACCUCUCUCGCCCAGCUCACGGACUCGUUCCAGCACCUGGAGCAGAUCAGGUCGGAGGGCAAGAGCGGCAGCUCCUUCUUCACCUCGGUCGACCGGCGAUUCAUUGUCAAGACGAUCACCAACGGCGAGUGGCGGUUUCUUCGCUCCAUCUUCUCCGAUUACUUCGAGCACGUGGACAAGCACAAGUCGACGCUCUUGUGCAAAUUUCUAGGGCUCCACUCGCUACAGACGGACGAGGGGCGGGAGUUCUUCGUGGUGAUGGCCCACGUCUUCUCGUCGCCCGAGCGACCCAUUCACCUGCGGUACGACCUCAAGGGCUGUGUGGAGGGCCGACUGACCGCCACCAACGAUGCCUCGCGAACGCUACGAGACCAGGACUUCCUGGGGCGGAGCCUGUACCUGGGUCCACUGCGAAGCAGUGUGCUACAGCAACUGGCCCACGACUGCAAGUUCUUGGAAUCGUGCGGGAUCAUGGACUACAGCUUCUUCGUGGGCAUCCACAAGAUGACCCACGACGAACUGCUUGCCCUACAGAAGCGAGAGCUGGAAGAAGGCGGCCCGAUCCACUUUCACGACGGCGGCGUGCUUGCUCGGAGCGGCGAUGGCGGUUUGCACGAGGAGAGGGAGCUGUACUACUUUGGCGUGAUCGACCUCAUGCAGCCGUGGACCCUGCGCAAGGUGUGCGAGGCCAAGAUCAAGGGCGUCCUCUUUGCUCAGAUUCGUCAGACGAAGCUCAACUCUUAUGUCGAGCCGUCCAUGUACGCACAGCGCUUCCAGCAGUACCUCGCCUCCAAGUUGGUGUGA